AUGAGCCUCAACAACAUCACAUUUGGAAACAUCCGAGGGUCCCACGCCCUGGAUAUCAAGAACUCGCUCAUCAAUCGCAUCAAGCAAAGAUGUGGUGAUGCGCAGGAAGAACGCAUGGAGCAUUUUCGAGUCUAUUCUCUGUACCGGCCGAAGAUGGGACAGGGAACGAAUUGGGACAGCGUAGCAUACUACCUGAUCCUCACAGGCCAGGACGAUGUCUGCCACAACUUUCUCCAGCAGGUCAGUACCUCCUUUUGUCGGAUCUUAUCUGGAAAUUUUGCAUGCCGUGGAUCUCGAUGGGAUGCGGGCAGGAAUCCGCUCAAUGACGAUGGGUUCUUCUGGCACCCGGCGGUUAAGGCUCCCGUUCUGCUCUGUCUCUGGUUGAUCCGAUACAGGUUGCUGAUCGGAUUUCCGCAAGUGCAAGCAGCCCGUCAACUAGUGGGACAGAGGCUCCCUGAAGAGGUGAUGGAAAUAAUACAAGGGCAUCUUCCAAUCAGCGGAAUUCUACGCAAUAACGCUAAAAUGGCUACAGCCGAUGUAGAUGGAAAAAUGGCAAAUCUUCGCGCUGAACUUCGGAAUCUAUGCGAGCGACAGAGUAAGCGCGGCCAUUGGAACAUUAUGACGACCAACGCGACCCCGACCGAGUCGCAGAAGUACCUCUCCACCCGAGGCGGUGACUAUGACCUGUCUUUUGAGACUGUGGUCCUGAAGGGACUGGCCGCGGACGGUGGACUUUUCCUGCCGCAUGAGGUUCCGAGCGCAGAUGACUGGCAAAGCUGGAAAGAUCUCAGCUACGCCGAUCUCGCGCUGAAGAUUUUCAGUCUCUAUAUCUCUCCCUCCGAAAUCCCCACCGAAGAUCUGAAAGGCAUCAUCGAUCGGAGUUACUCGACAUUCCGCGCCGAAGACAUCACUCCGUUGGUUCGCCUGCAGGACGAUAACCUCUACCUCCUCGAGCUAUUCCACGGACCCAGCUACUCUUUCAAAGAUUGCGCUUUGCAAUUCUUGGGAAAUCUUUUCGAAUAUCUGCUUGUGCGGAAGAACCGCGGGAAACAAACAAAAGACAAGCACCAUUUGACGGUCGUUGGCGCUACAAGUGGCGAUACUGGUUCCGCCGCCAUUUACGGUCUGCGAGGCAAGAAGGAUGUAACGGUCACUAUCUUGCACCCUAAGGGCCGUAUCAGUCCUAUUCAGGAAGUGCAGAUGACCACCUGCACGGAAGCGAACGUCCACAACUUGGCUGUUACGGGGACAUUCGACGACUGCCAAGACAUUGUCAAGGCGCUGUUUGGCGAUGCCGACGCCAACGAGCACCUGAAACUGGGCGCUGUCAACUCCAUCAACUUCUCCAGAAUUCUCGCACAGAUCGUGUUCUACUACUUCUCUUAUUUCCAGCUUGCGAAGAAGUCGCCCUCGUUCAAGGUGGGCGAUAAGGUCCGAUUUGUAACUCCUACUGGAAACUUCGGAAACAUCCUCGCUGGUUACUUUGCCCACAAGAUGGGUCUCCCCGUGGAUAAGCUGGUUGUCGCGACGAACGAGAACGACAUCCUGCACAGAUUCUGGACGACUGGUCGUUACGAGAAGCACCCUGCUGAGGACAAGGAGGCCGGCAAGCCUGACGCCUGCAAGGAGACUCUCAGCCCUGCCAUGGACAUCCUGGUGUCCAGCAACUUCGAGAGACUUCUCUGGUUCCUGUCAAAGGAACACGCCCUGGCCACCGGCGCAGACAGCCGAACCAGCAAGAAGCAAGCCAGCGAGGACAUCGUGUCCUGGUACCAGUCGUUGAAAUCCUCCGGCGGUUUCGGACCCAUCCACCAGGACAUGUUGACGAACGGACGCCAGAUCUUCGAGAGUGACCGCGUCAGCAACGACGAGACCUCAGCGACUAUCAAAUCCUGCUACAAGGAGACCAAGUAUGUGCUUGACCCGCACACCUCGGUGGGUAUCACGGCAGCGCACCGAUCGAUUGCUCGCACGGGUGCACCCACGCAUCACAUCUCGCUCUCGACUGCCCACCCGGCCAAAUUCUCCGACGCGGUCGCCACGGCCUUGAAGGACGAGGCUGGCUUCGACUUUGAUUCCCAGGUCCUACCGGAUGAGUUGAAGGCCCUCCUGCAGAAGGAGACUCGCGUGACGCAAGUGGAGAACUCGUGGGAGGCUGUGAGGGAGAUCAUCAAAGCCCAGGUACAGAAGGAGCUGAAGGAGGAGGAGAGCCAGUCUUAG